UUGAAAAUCACUUCUCACUUCACGGAUAUCAUCAAAAUUCAAAAUUACCUACCUAACCUAUAAAUGUCAUAAAUGCGAUUCGAAGAUGUUGCUUGUUGUUGUUUUUGUGAAUAUCUGAUUUUUGUCUCUAUUGAUACAUGUUUCUGGUUUCACCAAGCAAAAAAAACAUCCAAAGUUUCUCCGGUUCUUUGAAUUCCCACAUCAAUACUGGAGAAUAAUGGCAGAUAUCCAUAGCAUAUGCAGGACCUGCUUAAUCGAGAAUACAAUCUUGAAAUCCUUAUUUGUUAAGGUGGAAUUAGUAAAUGAGGAACAGAUGCAGUUAGCAGAGCUACUUUCAGAUUGUACCUCUCUAGAAAUAUCUGAAAAUGAUCAUUUACCAAAACAAGUAUGUAAUGAAUGUGAACAGCACAUACUCAAUACAUUCAAUUUCCGACAACAGUGUCUUAAAUCAGAAUCCGUCCUGAGAUCUUUAACAUCUGAAACACUAGUAGAAUUGAAACCUUUAUCAGUUGAAGAUUCUUUAAUAUGCGAAACUAAUUUAGAUGAAGGUAGUGAUUCCCAAGAUCAGUCAGAAAAUUUGGAUGAUUCAUUAAAUCAAAUGAUCGUGGAAGAAGUAAUAGAGGAAAAAAUGGAAACAAAACCCAGAGGAAAUCAAGCUGAUGAAGAUGAAACAUUAUUGCCUCUAUAUCCUUGUGAAAUUAGUGAUUGUGCAGAAUGUUUCACCACAAUAAAUGACCUAAAAGCUCAUAAAAAAUCUCACUUUCCAAAACCAAACUUUUGUAAAAUUUGUGACCAAACCUUCUCUAGUUCUAGUACUUUGUCUAGGCACAUGACUAGCAAACACCAGCCCAAUAAAAAAGUGCAUUUAUGUGGCGAUUGUGGUAAAACUUUCACUAGAUCUGAUGACUUGAAAAGGCACAUUUUAGUGCAUACCGGCGAGAGACCUUUUGGAUGUCAAAAAUGUGGCAAAUCAUUUGCGCAAUCUUUUAGGUUAUUAGAACAUAUGAGAGCACAUUCAAAUGUUAGAAAUUUUGUUUGUGCCAUUUGUGGUAAGGCAUUUGCCCGAUAUACAAGUUUAUUAUCCCACGAUAAAACUCACAAUGAAGUCAAAUCACAUAAGUGUGAAAAAUGUGGCAAAAGGUUGUGUGGUGCCAGUUCUUUAGCUAUGCACAUGAAAAUGCACAAUGGCCAGAGGGAUUAUGCUUGUAAUUUUUGUGAAAAAACUUUCAUUGCGCCUAGUAAUUUGACCGUACAUAAAAGAAUUCAUACUGGUGAAAGGCCUUAUCAGUGUACAGUUUGUGGAGCAGCAUUUCCUGACCAGUCAAGACUGAAAGUUCAUUUUAGAAUUCAUAGUGGUGAGAAACCUUAUUCCUGCUCUUAUUGUGAAAAAGCCUAUAUUAGUUCAAGUCAACUUAAAAGGCACUUGAGAGGACAUACAGGCGAAAAGCCUUUUGAAUGCGAAAUCUGUUCAAAGCGUUUUAGUAGAUGCGAGGACUUGAAAAAUCACAUUCAAAUUCAUAAAGAUAAUAGAAAUCAUGUAUGCGGAAUCUGCCAAAAAGGAUUUUACCAGCAGAGAACUUUAAAAGUUCAUAUGAGGAUUCAUACAGGUGAAACGCCUUAUACAUGCCACACAUGUAAUAAACACUUUACACAAAGUGGAUCUUUGACGAAGCAUAUUACAAGUCAUCAUCAAGAAGAAACUGAUUUGAGUGAAGUUGAAGAAGAGGUAGUCGAGGGAGAGGUGGUUGAGGAAAACCUAGGAAUUUUAAAAUAUUUAUAGAACAGGUGCAGAGGUAUAAUAAAAAAUUGACAUAUAA